AUGGUAAAUCUGGUAGACAAGUUUUUUGAGAUGCAACGGCAUGAUGCUGUUAGGGCACUUGAAAUUUAUCGGAAGGCAGGAGAUCAGGCCCUGAACCUGAGUCUUUUUCGAGCCAUGAGAGCCAACAAGGGAGAACAAUGGAUCCAAGAAAGAAUAAAAAAGUACGGACCCAUUUCAAAACUCAACGUUUUUGUAACACCAACUGUUCUUCUCCAUGGACAAGCUGCAAACAAGUUCAUAUACACCUGUGACAGCAACAUUCUUGUUAAUAAGCAACCAGCAUCGUUGCGGAGGCUAUGUGGCGAGAGGAAUAUCUUGGAGCUGACCGGUGAGGAUCACCGCCGCAUGAGGGCGGCGCUUGUAUCGUUUUUAAAGCCGGAGGUGCUGAGGCAGUAUGUUGGGAAGAUGGAUGAAGAAGUAAGAAUGCACCUCCAAAUGCACUGGCAUGACAAACAGCAGGUCAAGGUAUGUCAGUUAUUGCCAUUGGUGAGAAAAAAAAUACUAUAG